AUGUCGCAAAGCGGCGCAAAAGCCAAGGGGCCGUCCCUCACCGAAUACAAGGCCAUUGCCGCCGAGUGGGAAAAGGCGAAAAAGGCCAAGGAGGCGGCCGAUGCCAGGUCAGCCAGCCAGGGCCUGCCGACCGAGCGAGAGCAGGCCGACGCCCUGCAGAAGAAGCGCGAGAAGCUCAACAAGCUGCGGCAGAAGCGGUACGAGAAGCGCUGGCUGUGGACGGUCGCGUUUUGGGCCUGGAUGCUCGUCAUGCACGCCAUUGGACUGUGGCUCUUCACGACGGGAUUCCUGCUGACUAGGCUGGUGCUGCACGACAAGUCGAGCUGCGACGCGCCGCCCAUUGCCGGCACCAAGGGCCUCCUCAACCCCGACAAGGGCUGCUGGCAUCCCAAGACGUUUGAUCGCGCCGUCGUCAUCCUCAUUGACGCUCUCCGAUACGAUUUUACCGUGCCCCAUGCUGUCGACAGCCCGCACGCCUACCACAAUGCCUUUCCUGUCCUCCAUGAAAUGGCCGUCAAGUCGCCGCAGAAUGCCUUCCUCCGGCCCUUCAUCGCCGACCCGCCGACAGCUACAUUGCAGCGCCUCAAGGGCUUGACGACUGGCACACUGCCUACAUUUAUCGACUUGGGUAGCAAUUUCGGAGGCGAUGCGAUUGACGAGGACAAUCUGCUUAUGCAGAUGAAGAACAAUGGCAAAAAGGUUGCUCAGAUCGGAGACGAUACCUGGUGGAGCCUCUUCCCCGGCUACUUUGAGCCUAAUAUCAGCAGAGCAUAUGACAGCUUCGAUGUCUGGGACCUGCAUACUGUCGACAAUGGCGUGGUUGACCACAUUUUUCCUCUACUGGAGCCCAAAGCCAAGAAUCAAUGGGAUCUGCUCAUCGGUCAUUGCCUGGGUGUCGACCACGCCGGCCACCGUUACGGUCCUGAGCAUCCUGCCAUGACCUCUAAACUAGGACAGAUGGACGACUUUAUUCGCAAGGUCGUCUCCAAGAUUGACGACGACACGCUCCUGAUUGUCAUGGGAGACCACGGCAUGGACAGCAAAGGCGACCACGGCGGCGAGAGCGACGACGAAGUAGAAGCUGCGCUCUGGAUGUACGCUAAGCGACCAAUCUUUGGCCGCACGCUUCCUGAGCACGCCGUGCCGCCUCCAAACGCCAAGAUCCGACCUGUCAACCAAAUCGACUUCGUCCCGACGCUGGCUCUUCUCUUGGGUAUUCCUAUCCCGUUCAACAACCUGGGCAAACCCAUUGAGGAAGCGUUUGCUGGUGCACGCGGCAACGACUGGGCCAACUUGGCCGCCGUAUCACGGGUUGCGGCUGCAGGCAUCGAACGCUACCAGAAGCUGUACUUUGAGACGCGAGGCAUCGCGCCGGCCGCCGGAGAGGACAGUCCCGCGGCACUGUGGGCAGCCGCCAACACACCGAGCCUAUCGGGCCGCAGCCUCUACGAUGCGCUGUCUGCCUACCAGGAGCGCAACCUGGGCGUGUGCAAGAGUCUCUGGGCGCGCUUCGACGUCCCGCGCAUGGCCAUGGGCGUCUUUGUCACUGCCAUCGGUCUGCUCGUCCUCGUCAUGUACUCGUCGCGCACCGAGGACGACGAGUAUGUCGUCCUGAACAAUGCCGAGCUCGACUAUGCCGAGAAGCAGCUCGAGCAGCUCGCUGCUGCUUCUGACAAUCAGGACGAGCCCGAGCAUCCCGAUCAGUCCUUUCAUCGAGACAUUCUGCACUGGGCCAUGGACCUGCGCGUGAUUCUCGCCAUUGCGACGCUGACCGGCGCUGCCGUCUUCCGCGGACAGCCGCUCGAUGGGCUGGCUACGCUCGUGGCGACCAUCAUGGUUGCCAGCACCGGCACCGCGCUCUACAAGCACGGCCGGACCCUGCGCAACCUGCUCCCCGAUACCUUCUGGGGCUGGAUGUCCGUCGUCUUCACCGUCAGCCACUCGCUCGGCUUCGCGUCCAACUCGUACACCAUCUGGGAGGACUCGAUCCUGCUCUUCUUCAUCACCAGCUUUGGCGUCGCCGCGCUCGUGUCCUCGUUCCGCAUCGAGUCGUCGCGCGUCGACCGCUACAUGGGCAUCUACCACUCGGUUGCCUUUGUCGUCCUCGGCCGCCUCGCCUCGUACUCGAAGCUCUGCCGCGAGGAACAGAUGCCGUACUGCCAGUCCACCUACUACAGCUCCAGCGCCUCGUCCACCUCGGCCCCGUGGCAGGUCAUCCUGCCCUUCCUGGCCUUUGCCGGCCUCCCCGUGCUCGUCAAGUCGUUCCUCGCGCCCACCAAGUCCUACGAAGGGCUCGCGCCCACCUGGAUCGGCUACGUCUUCCGCCUCAGCCUCUUCCUCUCGGCGCUGUACUGGCUCGUCGACGCCGCCAACAACGGCAAGUGGCUGGCUGCCUACCUCCCCGAGAUGGUGCUCAAGACGGCGGGCGUCUACGUCGCGCAGCUCACGCUCGCCAUCACCGUCGUCGCCGGCACCACCGCGUUUGUGUGGGCGCCGCCGUCGGUCGCCAUCGUCCCCAGCCAGGGCCGCAUCACCAUCCUCGGCUACGCCAACGCGCUCGGCGCGCGCUACCUGCUCCUCCCCGUCAGCGUCCUCGGCACCUGCCUGCUGCUCACCAAGCCCAUGGGCGCCGGGGCGCUCUCGCUCAUGAUGUGGCAGCUGCUCGCGCUCUUCGAGGUGCUCGAUCUCAACGGCCUCAAGACGGAGACGAUUGGCCCCGUCAUGCUCGCCGUCCUCGGCAACUUUUACUUUUUCAAGACGGGCCACCAGGCCAUCCUGUCGAGCAUCCAGUGGGACGCCGUCUUCAUCCCGCUCUUCGCCGUGCGCUACCCCUGGGCGCCGCUCGUCGUCGCCGCCAACACGUUUGCCGCCCAGAUCCUCGCCAUCGCCAGCCUGCCCCUCGUCGCCCUCUGGAAGGUCGGCCCCAAGCAGCGCGGCGUCCUCGAGACCGUCUCCCGCGCCCUCGCCGUCUACCUCGCCUACUACGCCGUCGAGGCCCUCGCCACCAUGGCCUGCGCCGGCUGGCUGCGCCGACACCUCAUGCUCUACCGCGUCUUCAGCCCCCGCUUCAUGACGGCGGGCUUGUUGCUGCUGCUGCUCGACGUCCUGGGCAUCCUGAUUACGCUGACUGGCGUGCGGAGCAACUCGCUGGCGAUAAGUGAAGUGUUUGGCUGGGCCGAGUAA